AUGUUGAAAUUUAUUGUUGAGAAGAAGUUAAGUGGGUCAGCCCCUCUUUCACUCCUCUGCUCUUUUCUCCUCUCUCCGACACCUUCUCUUUGCCGCAAUCGCCUCCGCCGCUGCUGGACGCUCGCCGCCGCCGCUGCUGGACGCUCGCCGCUCGCCGCUCGCCGCUGCCAGAUGCCUCGAAGAGCAGUAUCAUCUAGAGGUAGAGGACAUAGCCAGCAACUCUCAAUGAAUGAAACAGAUGAGGCAGUACAGGUGCAGGAGGAAACACUGGAGCACACUCCACAAGCAUUAGGGGGGCAAACAAACGCAUCCUCAUCAUCAUCAGUUCGAACUAGAGGUCCGAACUUGGGACAUCCUAUCCCAUCAAACCCUUCUGAUCGACAAUUGAUUAGAUUGAAAGGAAAUGUUUUUUUAGAUUCCACAGUUACUAGAUCAAUCACUAAUGACAUUAAGAUGCGCUACACUGCUCCAUGGAAAACUUGGUCAGAAAUACCUUUAAAGAUAAAAGACGAGCUCUUCGGACUUUUUCGGAGUCGAUAUACAUGGGAUGAGAGUGAAGAAGGUAUGGUUCGAAUUGCUUGGGAAAAGGUAGGUAAGGAAAGAUUGCGAGACAUUCUUAAUAGAGUUAGGAGCGAAUUGUUGCGCAAGCACAAGAAGACAGAUGUUGCUUAUCUAUACAAUUUAGGACCAGAUUGGAUGGAGGCAGAGAUAUGGAAUGAACUUGUUGCUUAUUGGAGUACACCAGAGUGGAGAAAGAAAUCAGAAGCUGGUAAAGCAAAUAGAAACGUAGAAAAAGAUGGGACUAUUACGAAACACUCUGGUGGUUCAAUAAAAUUGGAGGUUCAUGAGAAUAGAUUGGCAAAGAAGUUGGGUAGACAACCAACUCAACUUGAACUAUUUCGUGCAACUCACACAAAAAAGGGGAGUCAAGGUGUUUACAUUGAUGGAAAAUCACGACGAGUUGAUGGAGCUUAUUUGAGUGCAAUUGCUGAAAAUGUGAAUGACAAUUGUGAGAGUCCGUCUGCUUUUGAUUUGAAUAAGUGGAUUGAAAUUUCUGGAAGUAGCAAAGGAAGAGUUUAUGGUUUUGGAUCCUCUGAUAUUGCAAAAUCAGGAACUCCAACUACAUCUUUCUCAUGCACAUCAGCUCAUCCUGGAGGACCUUCUCAAACUAUGUUUUCUUUAGAGGAGGUUGAACAAAUAUUAGAGCAAAACCGAAUCAAAAUGAAACAAGACAUGGAGCAAAUGCAAGAGCAAAUGCAAGAGCAAAUGCGAGUGCAGAUAGAAAAACAGAUAAAAGAUCAAAUGAAAUCAUUGAAGAACAAAAAUAUAUCUUCACCGCAUAACACAACUGCAGAUUCAGAUGGUUCAACAAAUUCAUAGAUUAGUUUUAAAUUUUAUAAAUAUUGUUAAGUAUUAUGGAUUUCUUUUUAAUUUUAUGA